GGAAUCUUUCCAUACCACCAUCACCACCACCACCAACACCAAUACCAAUAUCACCAUCACGAGGCACAAGCUAUGCAGAGUCAGGCACUAGGUCAUGUUCUAGUCAUUGGAGGGUGUGGAUUCAUGGGACAUCAUCUUGUCAAAGCUCUUUUGGAUGAUUCAAACGUAGAGCACGUUUCUGUAUUCAGCCGUAGUCCGCGCGAAAACCGUUAUCCUGAAGCAUCGUACUAUGCUGGCGAUAUCACGUCUGUUGAAGAAGUUACCAAUUUGCUCAAGGAUAUCCAACCGCGUAUCAUCUUUCAUGCCGCCUCCCCCGAUCCAUACCAAGAUCCACCCAAUCAUCUUUCUUAUCAGAAGGUGAAUGUGGAAGGUACUAAGAACUUGCUCGCAUGCGCCUCUUCCGCACCUUCAGUUGUAGCCCUUGUCUAUACAUCUUCGUUGACCAUAUACAAGUACGAUGUCAACGGUGAAAUCUUUAACGCGGAUGAAUCUCACCCCAUUCUCAACGGCCCAGUUACCAAAUACAACCCCUACACCGAAAGCAAGGCUCUUGCAGAUGCACUGGUGUUGGCUGCCAAUAACCCUUCUUCUAGACCAUGUCAUCUUGCUGGAAAGUGCUCCCACAGUCAUCUUCGAACUGCAUGUAUCCGGAUCCCAGGUAUCUACGGCGAAGGAGACGAGAAUAUGACAAUGCUUGGCCUACAACUAGCACGCUACGGGUUGUCAUUUCUACAAUUGGGUGACAAUACAACUCUGUUUGAUCCGAUUUAUGUCAGCAAUGCGGUUUUUGGUCAUGUCUUGGCAGCAAAGGCUCUCUUGACGGAGGUAGAGGCGGACAUCGCUUACACCAAGGAUAGGGAUGAAGAUAUUGAUGCAGUACCACCUAAAUCUCGAAUUUGCGGCGAAGCAUUCAAUAUCACAGACGACCUUCCCUCCCCGUUCUGGUUUUAUAUGCGCAAGUUCUAUACGGCAGCGGGGCAUCCGCCGAAAACAAUAUGGGUCAUUCCUACGUGGAUCUUGUUUAUGCUGGCUUGGCUAACUGAGUACUGGUUCUGGAUUGUGUACCAGGGAAGAAGAAGGCCUAAAAUUUUGAUUCGUUCAAAGCUAGAGCACCUUUGUAUGACCAGAACUUAUCAAGUAAGCAAGGCAAAGCAGAAACUUGGUUGGUACGCCCUUGUCGAUAUUGAUGAGGCUGCUAAGAAUAGCAUGCGCUGGGGGCUUGCAAAACUAGGUGUUGACGUGAAACACAUGGGUUCUGUUGGUAAUCAAGUUCAGAAUGAGCGAAGGAAGGCUGCCUAGGUGAGAUGGAUGUUGCAUCGAGAUAGAUUUAGCAAUAUAGAUUGCAGUGUAGUUAUUUCUUUAAGCGAGCUAAGAUUCCAAUGGCUUUUGUAUCUUUUCUUUAUUGUUCUAGUGGCUUGUGCGAAUUAUCUUCUCUUCAAUUAUUUUAAUACACGAACGCGAUCUUGGUAUAAAGUCUACUAUAUUUACGUGAUAGGCACCUAUAUCCAUUAUUGAGAUUGAACCUUACGAACUGAAUUUUGCCCAACUUUUGUUCUCCGCCUGACAAUGUUAUCCGGAGUAUUUGAGGGGCGGUUUUGGAGUAAUCUAAAUGCCUUCCAAGGCCAAACCGCGACUAUCUCUGUGCUCUGCAGUCUUGUUUUCAGUCUAUUUGGACUUUAUAUAUUUGGAGAAUCUGGCCAUUUACCAUUUUACCGUGGUUAUACCCCAAUCGAUCUCAAGUCCUACCAUAUUAGAUACCGUGUAUGUUUAUUCAUUCAUAUAAUAAAUGAUCAAGUUCACUGACUCAGCGGGCAUAGUCUUGGGUAUAUCUUCAUUAUAGAUGAAUAAAAUGAAGCA